AUGGCGAGGUAUAAGAAACACCGACGAAAACCAAGAGCCAGAGCAAAAUUUCUACUGAAAAUAAAAGGAGAUGCUACAACUCCCCAGAGCUCAGGUUGUCCUCCACGGUCAGCAGGUGAUCUUCCUCUGAACACAUCGUCUGUUCCAAGCCAUCUGUCCUCAUUCUGGUCAUUAGCCUUGCCCAGUAUAAAAAACGUGGUAAAACCCUUUACAACAACAGCAUCUUUGUUGUACUGUUGGUGCCAGAACACGGUUGCACAGAGUUUUAAGGUGGUUAAAGACACCAUGUUUCCAUCACAAAUCUACCUAAGGGAGCUAAGCACAUUCAGAGAGCAGCUGGAAAAGUUGGAAGCUGAGUUUUCCAGACUACAAGGAACACUCCAGAUGAAUGGAACUGCAGCUUUGUCUUCAGAAAAUACUCUUUGUCAGAGGUGUAAUAAACCAGUUCUGGGUGCUACUGGGCAAAUGCAGACAGGCUCACCAUCACCAGUAUCCAGACCUCCUGCAGUGCAGCUGCAGCCCGGAUCUGCACCCCCUCCACCUCCUCCUCCUCCACCACCACCACCACUGCCCCCACCAAAACUUCCUCCAGCACCUCUCUUCCUCAAAAAGGGCAAUGGCUCCAAAGCACCCCUGGCACCAUCACUGAAAAAAGAUGGGCCGAUGCAGAUCACUCUCAAAGAUCUCCUGAAUGUUAAACUGAAGAAGACAAACAGCAGCCUGAGAACAGACAAGGCAGAAUCACCAGUGAAGACACGCAGAGCAUUAAUUACAGUCUCAGAUUUACAGAGUGUUAGUCUAAGACCUAAAUCCAAGCCAUCAGCUCACAUUGCAAAAUCCUUAACUACCCCCCCUAAAAAUCAGUUUGAUCUUCGAAAACAUCUGAAGAAAGUCAAUAUACAAAGAAGUCCUGGAGGCACUCCACUAAAUAGUAAGGAGAACAUGGAAUGUGGGUCUGGGUUGACACCAAUAAUGACACAGGCACUGCGGCGCAAAUUUCAGAUGGCUCACCCAAAGAGUCCCUCUCCUGUCCAGCUGAGCACUGCAAACAGCUUUGAUGAACAAAAGUAG